GCCAGUAAUGCUUUCCCCCCGAUGGGCACUUGCGCGGCGGCAUCGGGGGUCUCUGGGGGGCUCGGGCCGGUCCCGGUGCCCAUGAACCUCUUCGCCACCUGGGAAAUCGAUCGCUCAGCGCCCAGCUGCGUGCCCAGGCUGUGCAGCCUUCGCCUGAAAAAGCUGACGGUGCUGCGGGAACUAGACAAGGAGCUUAGCUCUGUGCUCAUUGCUGUGAAGAUCCAGGGCUCAAAAAGAGUCUUAAGAUCCAAUGAAUAUGUUUUACCGCCUGGAGGCUUGAUGGAGACUGAUCUGGAGUUAACAUUUUCACUGCAGUAUCCACAUUUCCUGAAAAGAGAUGGUAACAAGCUCCAGAUCAUGCUGCAGCGCAGAAAGCGGUAUAAGAAUAGAACUAUUCUGGGCUACAAGACUUUGGCAGUGGGCAUCAUUAACAUGGCUGAGGUCAUGCAACACCCCACAGAUGGAGGGCAGGUUUUGGGCCUUCACAGCAACAUCAAGGAUGUGAGCAUCCGGGUGGCUGAAAUCAGCAUCUACUCACUUUCUAGUCAACCUAUUGAUCAUGAAGAUGGAAAUGUUCCCUCUGGUCCCAAAAUCAAGGCAUCUGAUCGCUCUCCAGAUAUUGAUAACUAUUCUGAAGAAGAGGAUGACAGCUUUUCCUCUGAGCAGGAAGCCAGUGAUGAUGCAGUACAGGGCCAGGAUUUAUAUGACGAAGAGGACGAAAUGAGGAAGCCAAAGAAAGCCAGGCGGAAAAUGAUCCGAACUACUUCAAUGACCCGACAACCCAACUUCAAGCAGAAAUUUGUUGCCUUGCUGAAGAGGUUUAAAGUGACAGAUGAGGUUUUGGAUUCUGACCCAGUGGAUCAGACCCAAGAAGUGGAGGAAGAUCUGGGCCUGCUCUAUGACAGCCUUGAGGACUGCAACAACAGUGACAGCGGCCCUGAGAUUGAAGAUAAUGAAAGUGUUCAUAGCACACCUAAGCCAACUUUGAGGCGCUUCUUUGAGGGCGUCUCUCACUCUGGUUCCCAGACUGAGAUCAGCAGUCUGCACAGCCAAAAAGGGCAGGAGCGAGAUAUCAUUUUCUUCCUCACUGUCGUUUGUGAUUUCCAGGUUUUGGAUUCUGACCCAGUGGAUCAGACCCAAGAAGUGGAGGAAGAUCUGGGCCUGCUCUAUGACAGCCUUGAGGACUGCAACAACAGUGACAGCGGCCCUGAGAUUGAAGAUAAUGAAAGUGUUCAUAGCACACCUAAGCCAACUUUGAGCAAAGCUGAGAACAAGCAGCUCUGGCGACCUCGCAGUAUGUCAGUCAAGGAUCGGCAAAACUCGAAGGGCCACAGUGACCGAACCGGUAGCCUGGACAGUGAGGGCUCCCCAGAUUCCCGGCAGAACAGCCAGGUGCCCCGGAAAUCGGUGUAUGAUCAGCUCAACCAGAUCCUGGUUUCAGAUGAGCAGUUGCCUGAGAGCAUCAUCCUGGUGAACAUCACAGAGUGGCAAGGCCAGUACCUGUGUGAUCAGCCCCAAGAACACAAGCAACCCAUGGUCUCCACCUGCUCCAUGGCAGAUGUCCAGGCUGCCUUCAACACAAUUGUUUCUCGUAUUCAGAGAUUCUGUAACUGUAACUCCCACAUGCCUCCCCCAGUGAAAGUGGCUGUGGCAGGGGACCAGAGCUACCUGAGCAUCGUCCUGCGCUUUUUUGUGGAGCAGCUAGCCAGCAAGACUCCUGAUUGGCUGAACUACCUCCGUUUUCUCGUGGUGCCCUUGGGCUCUCACCCGCUGGCCAAGUAUCUCGGUUCAGUUGAUAAUAGAUACAGCACUCUGUUUCUGGAUGCUGCCUGGAGAGAGCUCUUUAGCAGAGUUGAAGCCCCUAGUACAGAUACUGUGGACAUCCCUGGCCGAGUUGCUCAGUUCAUUACAGGUGCCAAUGUAUCUCACCAGCUACCCAUUUCAGAGGCCAUGUUGACCUACAAACAGAAGAGGAAAAGAAGCCUCUAUUUUGAUUUUUAUAUCAGCCCGGAUGAGGAUUCCUGCCAGAAAUUUGUGCCGUUUGUUGGGGUGGUGAAAGUGGGACUUGUGGAGCAGUCCUUCAGCACUUCAGUUGAUUCUGAUGAUGCUACCAUCUGCUCCACCUCACUGCUGAGCUCAUCGUCUCCAUCUGGUGGAGGGAUCCCUUAUACCAAGGAAGCUAUAGGAACCCCUCCGCCCUCUCCCUCUGUCAGCAGUGGGCUCUCAGGAACCGGCAAUUUGAGCCCUGGUGUGGAGGUGAUGGGUCUGCAGGUGGACUACUGGACAGCCCAGGGGACAGAGAAGAGAAAAGAGGCUGAAAAGCGGGAAAUAGGCAUCAAGAACACCCUGAAAAGCAACUUCCGCUCCCUGCAGGUCAGCCGCAUCCCUAGUCCAGGAGAGCUCACCCCACCUAACACCAUGGCCAUGACUGUGGUCACCAAGGAAAAAAACAAAAAAGUGAUGUUCCUGAGCAAGAAACCUAAGGAAAAGGAUUUGGAACCCAAAAGCCAAGUGAUCGAAGGGAUCACCCGCCUGAUCUGCACAGCCAAGCAUCAAAACACCAUGUUGCGUGUUUGUAUUGAUGGUGUGGAGUGGAAUGAUGUGAAGUUUUUCCAGCUGGCUGCACAGUGGCCAACGCACGUCAAACAUUUUCCAAUUGGCAUCUUUGGCUACUCAAAGAGUGUGUGAUAUGAAACAAGCCGUAUGGAAGAGUCCGGGCUCUGCCAGAUAGACCAGGAGGAGGAGGAGCAUUCCUUUGCUUCUGAAGACUGACUGCCCAUACAGAGCCGACUCUGUCAAGGGCUCUACUUGCUCCAUUUGUUCCGUGCAGGGAGCAUCCCGAUUUGCUUUAUGUCUCACCCAUGAGUUUUUUAGUUUAACGUGAACUUGGGUUGUAGGAAAGGGAAGGAAGACAGGUGCACACACAAAAACACAAGAGAGAAAUGGCUUUUCAACACAGACUCUUGAGACUAGAAUAUCAGGCCUGUCUUCUCUGUUCAGGUGACAUCAGGAAUGAAAGAGGCUGAGCAGGGUUGACUAGCUUCCCAAGUUGCUUGUGGAAGGUGGGACAGAGUUCCUUUCCAUGCCUUGUCUAGCUGGCUUGGGCAAGAAAUGGGAAGGCAGGUCUUCUUUUAACUUGCUGCUACCUUGUAAAUCUCUAAUGGGGAAAAAUGUGUGUUAAGACCCUUUUCCUAGAAUUGCUUAGCCAGGCUUGCCCAGAAACGUCCUGGACCAGUUGACCUCUGCCCACAAGUGCCAAUUGGCAGUCCUCUGUCUCAGAAUUCACCGAGGGCUACGGCAUCUUGCAGUUUCUUUUUAACAUGAAGCCACUUUUCCCUGUCUCUCCUCUUAUUUGGAGUGGAGCUGGCAUCGCUUGACUUCUCACACAAUCGGAAUGUGUAGAGCAGAGUAUCUAACACAAGACUAAGGGGUUGACAACUGAAGACGAGCAUGAUUUCUGCAUCUGCUCCAGAGGCUGCUUAACAGGAGGUGGUAUACGAGCCAUUUUGUGUUGUUCUUCCCUUGCUCAAACUGUUUUCAAGGAAGCAGCUAGAGGAACUCUUUCCUCCAUUCAUCAGCUGUGAGCACAACAGAAAGAGAUGGCACAAAGCUGCAAGGAGAAAAUGGUCCAGCCUGUGCCAUGAACCAUCAGGCAAGAGUAUUCUUUUUCCAGCCAAGUAAAGGGAAGAAUCGUAGAAUAGAUUCUGAAUGAACACCCUUUCAAUAAAAUAGAGGAGAAAAACCUUUGCUAAGCAGUAUUGGGGAGGGGAAGAGGGAAUGGGGCAGGGAGGCUUAAGUCCUUCUUCAGAGUAAGGAAAUGUAUCUCGAGGGAGGAGAUUAGGCCAUUUUCUCCCCAGAAGUAUUUUAGCUCUGCGUAAAUGUUGCAUAUUUGUUUUCUUUGCCUGUACCACACUGCUGUGCCCUGCUGUAUAGGUAAGGUCAAGUACUAAUAUCUAAAGCUCAUGGAAGUGGUGGGGCAAGCUGGGCCCCUCCCACCUCUAUUCAGACGAAGAAAAAGGUGCUCUCGUGUGAUGGAACCGGCUUAUGAAUCAAACACACUCCAUUUGUAGCCAGUAAGAGUGCUCCCUUCCCCCUUUCCCCAGAUCAGCACUUUGCCUGGACAGGUCUCAGGGUAGUUACUACAUCCACAAGUUGUAUCCAGUUCCACCUUUGCUGUGUUGUUGUAAUAGAUCUGUGGCACUGGUAGACUGAUGAAGCUGGCAAGUAUGAGAUCCACUGGCAAGGUCAGGUGCAAUGAUAUGCAGGGGUGUGGGGGAUAGUCACAGACCUUUAGAAAUGCUAAAGGGGAGAUCGAACAAGCAAGUUUGGAAAAACACAGUGAGUGUCAGAAGGCAGCUACUAGUGCCUCCUUUCCUUCCCUAGCUGGAUUCACAAAUGUCCCCAUCCAUUCUCUUAUCCCUAAAUCAUGCAGGCUCCGAAGGCCAGGACCUCUACCUUCCUGGAGCUUGUGUCACUAGAACUGCCAAACCAACAUCCCCUGCCUUGAAAGUGUGUCCUACCGAACUUAAGAGACCUAAACUGUGGUAUUGCGCCUGCCUGGCGAAUGCAGCUGCUCGUGGUUAGGAGAGCAGGGAUGGUGGGUAAAUCCCAUUUUUUACAAGAUUCUAUUUUUGUUAAUGUAAGGUUGCUUUCUGGAUUAAUUUUAAUAAAUUAAUGCUGGUACCAUUGUGA